UGACUGUUCGUUGUAAUAAUUUAAUUUUACAAUAAUAAAAAUAAUUUUUCAUAAUUUUUUUUUGUUUUAAGGCUAUUUGGAACGUGAUCCAAUUGUAUUUGACUAUUUAUAAGCCCAUUAUCUAGGGCCCAUGUGGUAAUGGGCUAAUGUCGUCGUUUUUAUAGCAUACAGAGAUUGAGACAAAGGAAGUGUGUUCUGUUCUUCGUAAAAAAACUCGUCUGUUUGAGUUUUUUUGUAUUUAAUGGCGGUCGUCGUCUCCGUUCAUCGUCUUUCCGCAACCCACUUGAUCUCUGAAAACACUAAUCCUCAUAAACUUCAUACGUCUCGCCUGAGCUUUCAACAUCUUCCUCAGACAAACAAGUAUCAGCUCCGUUGCUUAUCUGCGAAAUCGACGCCUUCGAGUCCAGUCCCUGAACCUCCUCAAGAUGGUGAAGAGCAGGAGAGUGUGGGAGUCAAAGCAGCUUUAGCAAUGCUGAGAUUCUACAAGAGGGAGAUAUCGCCGGUGUUACCUAGAAGCUGCCGUUACGUUCCAACUUGCAGCGAGUACUCUAUGGAAGCUUACAAAAAAUAUGGAGUUCUCAAAGGCACUGUUCUCACCACUUGGCGUCUCUGCCGCUGCAAUCCUCUUGGUGGAUCUGGUUUCGAUCCUCCACGAUGGUUUGGUGAGAGUGUGAUCACUCACCAGGCAGAAGAAGAAGAAGAUAGCUAUGGCAAUGAGGAUGAAAGAGAGAUUUGAAUCAAAUAUAAAAGAACAAUAGAAGUUGUAAACUUUAAGAAAAGCUAGCAUAGUUUGUUGUAACUACGAGAGAAUAAGAAUUACAACAUUUGUAAUCAAAAAUAUUUGAUCUUUUGGAGCGA